CUUCCGCUCAAAUUUUCCUUUCUUUUCUGAAGAUAUUCUCCGGUUUUCUUCCCCUGAACCUGUCUCUGUUUUUUUUCCCCUCAAGCUUUGAUUUUGAUGCAAUGGGUUUGUUUCUGAUGAGUUUCUAUACAAUGAGUCUGUUUAGUUUUCUGCUUUUUACAUGUAGGUGGUUGAUUUUGUUUCUGCAGAGGCUAAUCCUGAAUUUUGGCUUCUUUUGUUUGUUCUCUUCUGAGAUUGGUUUCUUCUUGAGGCUAUUUUAUUUUCGCCGCGUUGUUUUCCUGUUUGUGAAUCCAUGAAAAAGGUGGUGGUGGUAGGUUUGGUUUCUCAUUGAAAGGUUGACUUGAUUUGGAUAAAAAGUCUUCGGCCUUUAUAAAGUUACUUCCUUAUUCAUUGAUUAGUCGAAAUGUCCAUUUUCAUCCACAAUUUAAAACCUCAUCAAUCACAGAUUAAAAUCGAUAUAUAUGUUCACUUACUUGAUGGGUUUGAUGAUAGUUCUCUUGACUUUUGGAUAUUUUUGUUAACUUUUGCCGUUUGUGGUCUCAAAGUUGGUAAUUUUUGUGGAAUUUUACUUAGCUCGUCUUAAUACUUUCUAGUAAUCACUUGUUUUACAGCUUCUAUGCUUCUAAAAUUUGUUUUUUGUGUUAAGGAUGUAAGCAUUUCUCUACGGAACUAUGUUUCUGUUUCUUGAACUGGAGAGAAGUAAAACAUUUCAAAAGCCAAUUAUGGUGAGCUUAAGAAGGCGCAGGUUAUUGGGACUUUGUUGUGGACCGAAUGGUUAUGUGACACCCCUUCCUUUUCUAACUGCUGAGGAGAUGAUCACUGGGAUUCCAAAGCCUAAUCCCGAGCUAUCAGAAAUGGUUAAACACGAGGAGAAGACGCUUAUUGAAGAAGGAUCAGGCUCCCUGAGCGAAAGAACUCGGUCAAAAUCUAUGCAUUUCAAGUCUGAUUUCUCAGAUAUCUCACCGGAUGAUUCUGGUUCCAUCUCACCAAAAUGGGAGCAAAACACAUGUUCUGCAGACCAGCCGCUGAAACGCAGAAAGCGGCAUAGAAGAAAGGAAGUACAAAACCAAGAACCAUGUUUGAUGAGAGGAGUCUACUACAAGAACAUGAAAUGGCAAGCCGCCAUUAAAGUCGAGAAACGACAGAUCCACUUGGGCACAUUCUCUUCACAAGAAGAAGCUGCUCGUUUAUACGACAGAGCUGCCUUCAUGUGUGGAAGGGAACCAAACUUUGAGCUCUCGGAAGAGGAUAAACAUGAACUCAAACGACAAAGCUGGGAAGAGUUCUUGGCUUGCACACGCCGAACAAUUACUAAUAAAAAGCCUAAGAGAAGGAUAGAUGAGUUAUUGAACUGAGGAUAAUGAGAUCAGUGUGAGUUGUGGAACGCUGGCUAUAUAAAGGAGGACAAGAUUCACAAAAUGUGAUUAUUCUUUUUUUUUUGUUAAAGAAAAUGUGAUUAUUCUUGCAAAAGAUAUAACUUCCCUAUAAUUUUAGGGAUAGGGUAAAAUACUCAAAUACGGAGAAAGAUGUUUAGGGUUUAGAAAGCUUAAGAAAAUAAAUAGUUGAUAGAUUUUUUUGUAAUGAAAAUAAUUCAAGCAUGAUUUGCUUAGGGGAAAAC